CAUAAAAAAUCCAUUUUUAGGUCACAUCACCAGACUUCAUUGUGCGUUGUGGAGAAUCAGUCAUCGUAAUCACCAGUAACCUUUUGGUGUCCGUGUGAUCUCGUGUGGUAGAUUUUUAUUUAGCUCCGAAACCAACAAAGAUGGUUCACGACAAGUUUCGUAAUCAGCAGAGAUGGCUCUUGUUUCUACUUCAUGCACGGACCUGCAAACGUCCAGGAGUGAAGUGCCAGGGGGGAAAUUGCGUUACUGUUCAGAAGCUACUGAGUCACAUGAACAGUUGUGUAGAGCCUCAGUGUUUGUAUCCUCGUUGUCAUCGCACAAAGUCGUUGAUUAGCCACUAUACAAACUGCAAGGAUCUUCGGUGCCCCGUCUGUGUACCAGUGAGGACAUACCGUAAGCAACAAGCUAAUGAGCGUGCUUACGGUAUCAAAAGCAGUAAAGUGGACAAAGCUCGAGUAUCAAACGACUCAGUACGGGCCUCUGCUGGAGCUGGUUCUGGUGCUCCUCAUUGUGCUGAUACUUCCGAUAACUUGAAACUCCGAGAGGACAUGAGAACGCUUGUCCUCAGCGAGGUACAGAAACAGAAUCCACGUGCAGCUGAUGAUGCAUCAAAGGAGGCUUACACUAACCCAUCAACCCUCGUUUCUCGUUGGUCAAGCUUAAGAAAAAGGAUGAAAUUGAAUGAUUACAAUCUGAUUCAGCAAAAUGCCAACUCUUCUGCACCUGGGACAAUGAUAACAACCGCUCCUGAAGUUUAUGCUGAGACCACGAUGGAGAUAGAGAAGGUUCCUGAGAACAUAGAUCAGUUGGAGAUAGAGGUGGCAGAAAUUCUGAUGUCCCUGAGGGUUUAUCGCUGAAACAUGAUCCGAAUGUUUUUUAAUUACUUCUGUUACAAGUAAUGAUGAAAUCAUAUAAGUGUAAUUCCAUGCUUCAGUAUUUACAUUUGCUACCGCAUUGCUUGUAAGAUCGUACGUACCAAUGGUGACACGGGUUAUAAUUUGUUUCCGGUUUGAUCUUUGAAUAUUUUUCAGGGUUUCGAGUAUUUUUUGGCUCUCCGGAUAC